UCCGCCUCAGAAACACCCAUGCCGCGCCGCUCCUCCUCCCCGCCGUCGAGGGCCAGCGGGGCCGCCUCCGCCCGCCGUCGGCAGCCCCCGCCGUCGGGCCCCGGCUCCGCGAGCUGUAGGCACCCCCCGCCGUCGGCCGCCUCUGCGCGCCAGUCCCCGCCGUCGGGGGCCAGCGGGGCCGCCUCCGCGCGCCGUGGGCACCCCCCGCCGCCACUCCCCGCAGCCCAGAGCGUUCCCGCCCGGCGCCGAGGUACGGGUGCUCGCCGGGGCGCGUACCGCAGCCAGCCCGCCUCCCCCGCGUCCGAGCAGCCGCCUCCGUCCCGGCGGCCGGAGGGCGUGGCCGAGCUCCGCCGCCUCGGCAAGUCCUACUCCGAGGCCGUCGACUCCGCGCAGCUCCUCGCCCCCGCCAGGUACAACCUUGGUCCGCCAUGUCCGCCGCCUCAUAUACAGAUUCUCCCAGAUGACCUCCUUGUGGAGAUUCUCAUGCGCCUUCCGCCUGAGCCUAUCUAUCUUUUCCGUGCUUCUCAUGUCUGCAAGCACUGGCGCAGCCUCAUCCACGACGCCCGCUUCCUUUGCCGCUUCCACGAGUUCCACCGGGGGACUCCUCCCGUGCUCGGCUUCUUCAGCAACCAGCCAUCGUUUCCCUUCUUCGUUUCCAUCACCAACACCUUCGCGGGCUCCGCUGUUGGCAAGAUUGACCACGACUAUUUGUCGGUCUUGGACUGUCGCCACGGUCGUGCCCUCCUGAAAUGUAAGUGCUGCAAUGAGCUGCUCGUCUUGGACCUUGUGACCGGUGACACGAUCUGGCUGCCGUAUCCCACGCAGCUCCCCAAGCAGGCCACAUACAAUGGCGCGGUUCUCUGCGUUGCUGGCCACGACAACUGUCAUUCGUGCCCGGUCCUUGUGGUGCUAGUGUUCAGUAACAAGGUUGAUUUCAUCACCGCAGGCUGCGUGUACUCGUCCGAGACUGGCGUCUGGGGUGAGAUCACUUCGAUUCAUAUGCCUGAUUCAUUUGUCGUCCCAUUGCCGACGGUUCUGGUUGGAAACACACUGUACUGGCUGUUGGACAACGAUCACAUCAUUCAGUUUGAUUUGGAUAAGCAUAGAUUGGAUUUAAUUGAGGAGGUGCCACAUAGCUACUGUAAGCAGGUUAUCAUCAUGCCCGCGGAGGAUGGACUUGUUGGUUUUGCUGGGGUUGAUGGUUCGAGUCUCCAUUUGUGGUCAAGGGUAGGUAGCAUUGAUGGGGGGGUACCAUGGACACGUCGCAUCAUUGACUUCGAAGAGCUUCUUGGGCCGGAAACAUCGCUUUGUCAUCCGUUGCUUGUUGGCUAUGCGGAAGAUGCUGAUGUGAUCUUCAUUUGUGCGGAUACUAGCGUCUACAUGAUCCAUCUCAAGUCCAUGGUGAAGAUUGAGCGGUGGAAUGAACUUGAUAUUGUGUUUCCCAUUUUUCCUUACACAAGAUUCUACUCUCCAGUAAAAGCUCUUGGCGCCUACUGCCUGGCCGCAGAGCCAUCUUCUUUCUCGGCGGUGCCCUCCCUCGCCUACUCGGUGUCACGGAUGCCAGGCUCGCGCUCCACUUUGGCAGGGGAGAGACCACGUAGACGUCAUGCUCUCCAACCUGCAGGAGAACGCCGUCCAUGGUGAUGAACGUGAGGACGGCCUGCUCGAGAUUGUCCUGGUCGGUCUAUGCCCCAAAACCAUGGCGGAUCCACAAAAGCCAGACUAUGUUUUCUCAGCACACACCAUUGGUUUCAACCCAAGCCAGGGACUGCAUGGCUGACACUCAAGUCUGAAACUCUCUCUGUGUGUGUUUAUUCUGUUUCUACAGAUACAAACUCAUCGCGCCAACCUUGUAAGAUGUCCAAGCUUAUUUUUCGGCGCGACGGCGACGGCCUGCUGCUCCCACAAUGACGAAGCUGGCGUUUUGAGCAGUUUUCCAGGUUGCCCUUUGGAUGGUUCAGAGCAUGUGAAUAUAUGAAAUGAGUUAGUUCCCAGCGAUUUGGGAGGCAGGGAAAAGAAGAUGCUACUCGAGAUCUUGCGAUGAAGAAGAACAAGCUUGAGAGGAGAAUUAAGUAGAUUGAGGACGAACUUUAGACGCGGAAAAAUGUAAACUGUGUGGCUUUUAAUUCUAAUACUAGGUAAUUGCCCGUGCGUUGCUACGGGAGCAACAAUUUCAUCACAACAAGAGUAUUAUGAAAUGGUGUUCUGAGGUCACCAGAACAUAUACCAGAUCUUACAAACA